AAAUGUAUGACAUGUAUGUCACGUCAUGUGUCUGUCACUGGGCCUAAAAUGGCGACUGUUGAUGUAAGUGGCUCUGAUGCAGUGUGUUACUGCAGCCAUUAUCUGGAACUACAGCGGCUAUUGGCUACCGGUGAAAACAGCGGAGGAAACCGGUCUGCUAAGAUUGCUUCUGUAGGUGGAUGUGAUCAUCUACCCUCCCGGCCAAUCAAAACAGUCUUGUCUCUGAAGAGAGUGAAGAUGUAGAGCAGUGCUUUUCACUCAACACGGCAAUUUCAACAAGAUGACACCUCCGAAGCUUGUCUUCUAUCUGACAUGCCUCUUCUUGGUGGAAUUUGCUCAGAUGAAUCAUCUGAAACAACCCAGGAAUUUGCAUCAAGAGAAAGGAUUUGUAUCUGCUAAAGUUGGAGACGCGUUGAUUUUGCGAUGUGUUCAUGACAGUGAUGCUACAACGUAUUACUGGUACAAGCAACAACUGGGACAGAAGCUACAGCUGAUCGCUAAUACCUAUAAAUUUGACAAAAAUGGAACUUUUUAUGAUGAGUUCAAGGACAAUCCACGCUUUACACUGGAAACUAAAGUUGGUAUAAACUACUUACAGAUUUCCAACAUACAAAUCACCGAUACAGCAACUUACUUCUGUGCAAGUGGUCUUUCAUAUAUGUUUGAAUUUGGAGAGGGUACCAAAGUCAUUGUAAAGAGUCAAGGUUUGAGCAUCAAAGCUUUAGUCCAGCAGUCUGCUUCUGAAACCAUCCAGCCUGGAGGCUCUGUGACUCUAAACUGUACAGUACACACUGGGACCUGUGAUGGAGAACGCAGCAUUUACUGGUUCAAAAAAACAGAAGAAUCUCAACAUCCAGGACUCAUUUACACCCAUGGAGGCGGGAAUGAUCAGUGCGAGAGAAAAACUCAAACUCAAACUAACACCUGCGUCUACACCCUGCCGAUGAAUGGUCUAAAUCUGUCUCAUGCUGGGACCUACUACUGUGCUGUUGCCUCAUGUGGACACAUACUGUUUGGAAAGGGGACAAAACUGGACUUUGAACGGGAGGUGGAGUCAUGGCGUUUAGUGUAUUUUUUGGGUGGUGCUUUGAUAGUCAUCAUGAUUCUUUCUGGCUUUCUGGCUUUCCUGAUAUGCAAGAUGAAUGGGAGAAACUGCUGCCAAUAUUCAGAGUCUCAUGUAGGACAGUCAUCUCCCCACACAACCAAUGCAGAGCAGGGUUACCGAGAUGCAGACAGCCUGCAUUAUGCUGCUUUACGUGUAAACCAGACAAAACAAUCAAGAAGACUUAAGGAUGACGCCAUGAGUGAAUGUGUGUACUCCAGUGUAAAGCAAUGACUGUCUCUUUCUUUCUUUAGAGUUGUGACAGAGAAGUAGUUGUACAUUUUUGAUUUUAAAAACGUUUUCUGAGUAAUAUGUGUAUUUCUUUGCUCUCUCUGUCUGUUUUUGUUUGUUUUUGUUUGGAAUUCCAAGAUGGAUCCUAAUAUGAUUCCUUUACAGUCAUUUAUAGACUUGACAGAUGAAAUAUAUCACAUAUUUCUUGAUUUUGAUGCACUUCAUAUAAUGCUCUGGAAUUCUUGCCAUGUGUUUAAGGACAAA